UAGAUAAGGCGAGAUCUUAAGUUCGCCCAGAAGAACAUACAUUUUUCGUGCGCCUUUGCAGUGUGUCGUUUUUCGCUAUGCGGCUGACAUCCUGCGCCCUGCAACAUGGAUGCCUGGUUGUGAAGUACGAGUUUCUGAAUCUUGUGACAUUUUUAAUGUACUUGAAGACAUUCAACAAAAACGAUGGAUUCCUAACACGGCUGCCGAUUCGGAUUUCUAGAAUUUAAUAGGCGUGUCCACAAUGUCAUCCAAGAGCGAGCUCAAGAAGCUCUCCGAGGAGAGCUUGACGCGGCAGCCGGAGGAGGUUUUCGACAUAAUAUGCAAAUUAGGAGAAGGUUCCUAUGGCAGCGUGUACAAGGCGCUGCACAAGGAGUCGGGGCAGGUGCUGGCCAUCAAGCAGGUGCCCGUCGACACGGACCUGCAGGAGAUCAUCAAGGAGAUCUCCAUCAUGCAGCAGUGCGACAGCCCCUACGUCGUCAAGUACUACGGCUCCUACUUCAAGAACACGGACCUCUGGAUUGUGAUGGAAUACUGUGGCGCAGGCUCAGUAUCGGAUAUCAUGCGGCUCCGAAAGAAAACCCUAUCUGAGGAUGAAAUUGCCACUAUUUUGUGCGACACACUGAAGGGUUUGGAAUACUUGCAUCUGCGACGUAAAAUUCACAGAGAUAUUAAAGCUGGCAAUAUUUUGCUCAACACAGAAGGGCAUGCAAAACUGGCAGAUUUUGGGGUAGCAGGGCAACUGACGGAUACAAUGGCCAAGAGAAAUACAGUCAUAGGAACUCCGUUUUGGAUGGCCCCAGAAGUUAUUCAAGAAAUUGGUUACGAUUGUAUGGCUGAUAUUUGGAGUUUAGGUAUUACUGGUCUUGAAAUGGCAGAAGGAAAGCCACCUUAUGGAGAUAUUCAUCCCAUGCGAGCUAUUUUUAUGAUACCUACCAAGCCUCCACCCUCCUUCAGGAAACCAGACCAGUGGUCUCCUGAAUUCAUAGACUUUGUCAGCCGUUGCUUAGUCAAAAAUCCAGAAGAAAGAGCCACGGCUAGCGAACUGCUUCAACAUCAGUUCAUAGGUAAUGCCAAACCACCAACAAUUUUGAGCCAAAUGAUAGCAGAGGCAAGGGAAAUCAGGGAAAAUCAACGUAGUCGAAAUAAUGCUAAACAAAAUCACAUAGACAAUAAAUCGGAUGAUGAAGGAAUUAAUAGCAAAACCAUGGUAGCUGGGGAUGCAGGAACACUAGUGCCUUAUAGAGACGCAAUUGACUCUGGAACCAUGAUUGAAAUGGACUCAGGUACACUUGUUCCUGGUGAAUGUGGCACUUUGGUGGAGCUACAAUCUGAUUUAGGUACUAUGGUUAUUAAUAGUGAUACAGAGGAUGAAUCUACAAUGAAGAGGCAUGACACUGGUCCAGGGGAGUCAAGCAAAAAAUAUAGGCCACUUUUCUUAGAACAUUUUGACAAGAAAGAAGCAGAAAAUGUGAAAAAUCAGGGUAAUGGCCAACUACCACAAUCACCAUCUCACAAUAUGGCAAUCAAUGAUCACAUUGCAUCACCAGUGUCUGAUGUACCUGUGCCUCCACAAAGGCUUCAAUCUCUAGACCAACACACUCAUCAGAAUAAUGAGAUCAAUGCUCCAACACAGCUAUCAGGUGAAGAAAGACAAAGAUUUCAGAGCCAUCUACAGUUGCAACUGAAUCAAAUAUCUGCAGUUGGUGGACAGUUGCAUCGAGUACCAUCUGACAACCACAAUCAUGGUGCUUGUCAGAACCAUCAUGAAAACCAAGCAAAGUUUCAACAAGCAUAUGUUGAUGGAGAUUUUGAAUUUCUUAAGUUCCUGAGUUAUGAAGAACUACAAACAAGAAUGGCAAGUCUUGAUUCAGAAAUGGAAAGGGAAAUAGAUGAGCUUCGGCGAAGAUAUCAAACUAAACGGCAGCCUAUUCUUGAUGCGAUGGAUCAGAAGAGGAAAAGACAACAAAAUUUCUGAUUUUCUUAUCUAUAUUUAAACCUCUGAUCUAACCUUUAUUGUACCACUUUGUGUGUGCAUGAGAGCUGUGAUGUGACAUGUGAACAGACUGUGUUCAUAUAUUUACAUAUAUAUAUAUCUAUCUAGUAAGUGUAUGGAGGAGUUUGAAAUUCAAUUGUGUUAAUGGAAUUUUCAGUUUGCCAUAAUUGUGAGUGUAAGUCUUCUUGUUGAGCACUAUAUGACAAUCCACUGUGUAGUUAGCAUUGGGUCUGAUACCAACAUAGUAAUUUGCAAUAAUUUUUUCUACGUGUAUGUUUUCAUAAUUUGUGUUAAUGUGUUUUGAUGUUUCUUUUGACAUGAUUGUCAGUGUGAGGUUAUAAUUUCAAACAAUUUUUAGUCUUGCUUUAAGAAGAAUGGCACUUUUAAAUGUAGUUCUCCAGAUUUAUGUCAGUCAUUUCCUUCACCAAAACCCUAUUUGUCUUGCUUUCUCAUUUGAUCAAACAUUUGAUGAAUUAUUUAUUGUUCUAUUUUGUUCUUGUUCUGUUUAUUCAAGUGUUUGGAAGGUUUUGUAUCUUUACAGCUUGAGGUUCAAUGUAAAAAAAACUAUGAGUCCAAUGAAUUGAAGUGUUGUGUUGUAAAUGUGAGCUAGGAACAAAUCAAAGGGAAAUCAGUGUAAUUUCAUAUCUUUGUUUAUCGGCCCAUGCUUUCUUCUGAUCUCUUAUUGUCCUUUUGCACUCUCCUUUACUUCUCGCUAUUUUAUUUUAAGAAUAUCUGCAUCACAUUUGAUUUCAUCAUUAAUUUCUUACUGGGUUCAAUGUAGUUCAUGUAGCUCAUACCUAACUGUUAGUCAUUUUGACUUCAAUCUAUAACAGUCCUACAGUUUUGAAUGAAUUUUACUAUCUUACUCUGUCAACAAAUUAUGAACUUGUCAUUUUAUCCUUGCACUAACUCAGAAAACAUGAUUUUGAUUUUGUUUUGGUUAGUGAUGUCCCAUAUCAAUUGCUAUACCUACUAUACCUGUAUGUACUGUAGUUGCUUUUGUGGACAGUGUCUGCCUGUCUUAGUGCAGUACAAUUAUUCCCAUAAUUUUUUUUUAUUAGUUUUACUUUCAUUUAAGUUGAACAUAUUCCUGACUUCUCCUUUCUUUUCUUUUGUGACUUUAACUUUUAUUCAAUGUGCCUGAGGCAAUAUUUUCUGUCAAGCAUGCCCAUUUAAAAAAAAAUUAUUCCAUAUUGAGCAAUUUUUCUUUUGUCAUGUGCUUUGACAUCCCAACUCUUCAAUGUUAAAUUGUGUUCUGUGUGUAUGAAACAGUUGUUAUCAACUUGUAGAACAAUGAUGUGUUUUGUCCAUACAUUCCUGAGCUAGCUUUUUACUUUGUCAGAGGUUUUUGCCAAAAAGUAUAUAUGAUAAUAUCAGAUCUUGUAUUUUGAUGUCACUUGAGCUAAUUGAAAUUGGAAAUGUGUUUACAGCUAGGCUGUUAGACAUAAAUGGCAACCCACUCAGAUUCUUCAAAUUAGGACCGGUUACUGGUUUUCCUGUCAUUGGUUGUUGUGUUCGUGCUUUUCAUGUAGGAAAAUCUUUCAAUUAAGUUAAUGCUGCACUCUAGUGGGUUGCCUUCUUAGCUGCAACUAAAUCAAUGAAAUGUGCCAUUUUGUACCUCUGUUGACUAAAAGAAAAAGUAUUUUCUUAGCGUUGCAUUGUUUUCAUGCAAUGAAUAUUUCAUUGUGUGCAAGGCAAAAAGCACACUUAGCAGUAAAAAGCAAAAGUAAAGCCAUUAUUUUUGUGUGCUUUAUCUUUAAAUUUCUAUCUAGUCAACACUAAAGAUGGUGGUGUUACAUGUGAACCCACAUGCAAGCCUUGGAUAGUAGUCCAUCACUAUUUUUGACCACUUAUGAAUUGUACUUUGGGGUUUAAUAGUCGUCAUCUUACUAAUCUGCAUUGAAUCCAUGGAUGUUAAUCUCUAAGCUAUUUGAAAUAGGUCAGUUUCUCAUCUUAAGUGAUUGUAAUUUUACAUUGUAUUAAGGGCAGUAAUGUCAUUGCCUUCUCAAUCUCAGAGCGAUUUGUCAAUUGAUUUGUUAAACUAUUGAGACAUCUUAACAGGUAUUGACCCAAAUAUUUACUUCACUACAGUACAGUAUUUUUCUAGGCAAAGAAAUAAAUGCUAGUAAAAUUUUGCUGCUAUUUUGAGAUGGUUGAGUUUUAAACUUACAAGGUAACAAGGGACUGAAGAAAAAAUAGUGUUAUAUGUUGAAUGUACAUCGUACAUUAUAAAUUGUUAACAACAAAAUUGUAAAUAGUGCCGUGUUGAUGAUGAAGACUGGCCUAGCAAUGAAAAUCUAGAUGCACUGGUAUUGUCUUCCUUUAUCCUUUGUUGGUUUGCAAUAGAGAAUCAGAUAAAUUACACAGUGUGUGUGAUACUUAGAUGCCAAUAUUGCAAGCUCAGUGCUGAUAUGUUACAGUAACAUAUUUUAGGGACAUGACAAAUACACAAUUUAAGUGUA